AUGGCCUCCCGAUUCUCCAUGCGCCGGCUGCUGAAGCCUUUGGCAUACGGUACGGGUCUGGCUGUGGCAGGCACCGCAGGCAUGUACAUCAUCUACCGUCCUCGGAACGUCCCAGGAGCAGAGACACUCGCCCCGAAACCGCCCAAAAGAGACGAGCACGGAAACAUCAUCCCACCCAAAUUUCCCUACAUCAAGACGAGAGCCGAACAGAUUGCCGACCUCAAGAAAUCGUCCUCAACGCCAUCCUCCGAAAUCUACGACCUUCUUGUUAUUGGCGGCGGAGCUACAGGCACAGGGAUCGCCCUGGACGCGGCUACAAGAGGUUUGAAGGUAGCAAUCGUGGAAAGAGACGACUUCAGCAGCGGCACAAGCAGCAAAUCCACAAAGCUGGUCCAUGGCGGAGUUCGAUAUCUUGAAAAAGCCGUGUGGAAUCUUGACUACAAUCAGUACCAGCUGGUCAGAGAGGCUUUGAGAGAACGGAAGAGUUUCUUGUACACGGCACCGCAUUUGUCGUCCUGGCUACCGAUCAUGCUGCCUCUGCAGGCGUGGUGGCAGGCACCAUACUUCUGGGCGGGAACCAAAUUCUAUGAUUUCCUAGCUGGGUCCGAGGGAAUCGAAAGCUCUUACUUUUUGCCUCGAAGUAAGGCUCUAGAAGCAUUCCCCAUGUUGCAGAAGGAAAAUCUUAUUGGUGCUCUUGUGUACUACGAUGGACAGCAUAACGAUUCAAGGAUGAACAUUUCCCUGGCCAUGACCGCGACACUGUACGGAGCCACAUCGGUCAACCAUUUGGAAGUGACAGGCUUGGAGAAGGAUGCAAGCGGCAAACUUACAGGUGCCCGAGUACGAGAUUUGAUUGCGGAAAAGGAUGGAAAAGGCAGCACUGAAGAGUUCGUUGUCAAAGCGAAAGGCAUCAUCAACGCGACCGGCCCAUUUUGCGACGCUAUCCGCCAAAUGGACUCUCCUAGCGACAAGGAGAUUGUUGCACCGAGUUUGGGAGUGCACGUUGUUCUUCCUGGAUACCUCAGUCCUGAAAACAUGGGUCUCAUUGACCCCUCUACAUCCGAUGGACGUGUCAUCUUCUUCCUCCCGUGGCAAGGUAAUACCAUCGCUGGGACGACAGACGCGCCUUGUGCCAUCUCCCAGAACCCAGUCGCUGGAGAGAAAGACAUUGAAUGGAUAUUGAACGAGAUCCGGACGUAUCUUACUCCAGAUAUCGAUGUGCGGAGGUCGGAUAUCCUUGCCGCUUGGUCUGGAAUACGCCCCCUCGUCCGUGACCCCAACUCGAAAAAUACGGAAUCACUUGUCCGGAACCAUCUCGUUACUGUCUCAGACUCCGGGCUGCUGACCUGUGCCGGCGGCAAAUGGACAACAUACCGACAAAUGGCUGAAGACGCCGUCGAUAAGGCGAUCGAAGCAUUCAAGCUACAACCGAAACCCACCAGCUAUGUUCCUGACAUCAGUGGUGUCAAUGGGAUCGAUCCCUCGGUGAGUCUUCUCAAUGGAACCUGUCAAACGCAUCAUAUCCGCCUGAUUGGAGCCCACGGGUACUCGACAACUCUUUUCAUCAACCUUAUCCAGCACUUUGGCCUCGAUCCAGAUGUUGCAAAGCAUUUGGCUAGCGACUACGGCGACCGGGCUUGGGAUGUUGCGGCGCUGGCCUCUCCCACCGACAACACCGAACACUAUCCCCUGCGUGGUCAGCGACUGUCAUCACUAUAUCCAUUCAUCGACGGUGAGGUCCGCUACGCAGUACGCAGUGAAUAUGCGCAGACCGCGGUGGACGUCCUCGCGAGGCGUACCAGGCUGAGCUUCCUGAAUGCACAGGCUGCGCUGCAUGCUUUGCCCAAGGUGAUUGAUAUCAUGGCGGAAGAGCUGAAAUGGAGUGAGAAGAGAAAGCAAGCAGAAUGGAAAGACACUGUUACAUUCCUGGCCAGCAUGGGUCUGCCAAGCGACCUGCUUCAAAUUACGCGCGAGCAGGUGUUAAAGGGAGAAGUAUCUUCGGCAAUCCUUGCACCAGUGAAAGCCAACUCCGAGGGCGGCUUCCCUCUGAGGCCGACACUUGAGCCAGUCUCGCAGGCACACGGGCCUCUGCCAUGA